UGUUCCUGUUUCAGUUUACUGUCUGGCUAUCCGUGGGGAUAUGAUCCACAACAUGACACCAUAUCAUAAACAUGCUAUAAGAAUCAAAACCCAAUUCUUCAAUGUUCCUUUUCUAUAUUAACUGGCAUGCUAAGCAGCCAAUUCAGUUUCUAUAGUAGUAGAAAACAUUCCUUUGCUAUGGCAAUGAAGUUAUGUUCCCUUGUGGGCACCUGCAGGCGUUUUCAGCCUCACAUUCUUAUGGUUUUAGCGCAGAUUGUCUAUUCUUUUCUGUAUUUUAUAACAGAAGCUUCGUUUGAUCAUGGCAUGAAUCCUCAUGUUUACAUUACUUACAGACAUACACUGGCAGGAAUUAUGAUGCUGCCUUUUGCGUACUUUCUUGAAAGAAAAAUAAGGCCAAAGUUGACGGUAGCUCUUUUCCUGGAGAUUUUUGUUCUCUCUCUUCUAGGAGUCAGUUUGACUUUGAACAUGUAUUUUGCAAGCUUGAAGUUCACCUCUCCUACAUUUCUUGCAUCAAUGAUCAACACCAUAGCUUCCGUGACUUUUGUACUAGCAGUUAUCCUCAGGCUGGAGGUCAUCGAACUUCGAAACCCUCGUGGUAUAGCCAAGGUACUCGGAACUUUGGUUUCCUUGGCUGGUGUCAUGACCAUGACUUUAUUCAAGGGGCCUAUACUGAAGAAUCUCUGGCGCCCUAUCAUCCAUCUGCAAGGAGGCAACACAGUCAUCCAGGAUGAUUGGCUGAAGGGAUCUGUUUUAACUGUAUCAAGCUGCAUAACAUGGUCCAUAUGGUAUAUAAUGCAGGCAUACACAUUGAAAAGGUAUCCAGCACAAUUGUCGCUGACUACAUGGAUGAAUUUUGUUGGAGCUGCUCAAUCAGCAGUAUUUACAGUUAUUGCACAUCACAAGAGAGCUGAUUGGACGAUUGGCUUCAACAUUGAUUUCUGGUCUACCAUUUAUGGAGGGGUUGUCAUUUCUGGUAUGGUGACCUUGAUUCAGCUGUGGUGCACUGGACAAAAAGGACCGGUUUUUGUGACAAUGUUUAAUCCACUUUCGACAUUAUUGGUGGCAAUUCUGGCCUACUUUGUUCUUGGAGAAAAGUUGUACCUAGGCAGCAUAGUGGGUGGAGUUAUUGUGAUUUUUGGUCUUUAUUUGUUGCUGUGGGGCAAAAAAAAUGACCAUGAAGCACCAAUGUCCGCGGAUGAGGAAGGCAUCCCACAGCUGGAAGACCCAAAGAAGCUAAACUUCUCUUCAGAGGCAAAAUACGUAAGCGGAGAACCUUAAGAUUACUCCACUUCCUCCAGGGGAAAAAAUAAUUACACGCUGUUAUAGCACAGACAGAUGAUUCAAAUGCUAGGAGGAAGAUAGAGCAUCAAGUACAGGAAAGAGACUUCGACAAUGGAGGCUUCCCAAAAAAAAAAAAAUGGAAUUUUACAAUUUAAUGAAGCAAAUCUCUUCGACAGAUUCUAUCUCAAGAAGCCAAAGAGAAUAAAAGACUUUCAUGGCAAAAUAUCUGAAUAACCUCCUGAUAAUUUUUGCCCCUAUGAGCUAGUCUAUCUCACACAUGAAAUGAAAGAUCUUGCUUAAUUCUGAACACAAGUACUGCUGUGUCAUGCCUGCUCUGCUUUGUUCCAUUUUUCCUUUUCUUGCACCAUAAUCUAUGCACUGGCGAUGGGCUGGGGAGGUAGAGAAGGGAACCGAGAGAGGGGUUUUUAGCGAACCUGCCAUAAUGUAACCUCAAUGUAUCACAAAAUGGUCCGUCCAAAUCCCUGAAAAUCUAAGCAUCCCAAGUCAGGAUUGUGAUCAUCAAUGUCAAGUAGACAAUGUCUCUCAAGCCUUACUGUAUUCUUGUUUCAUGUUUACCUUCACAAAGUAAUGAUGUUAUACUACUUUCGAGAUA